UAUUCGGCCUCAUUCUCCUCCGUGAUGCGGAGGCAAUAAAUGUUCUAUGUAUGAUACUGCCCAUUUACUCAGGGUGCCUGCUAGUGGGAAAUACCUUUGAUGGUUUUCUUGGCCUCUAAAUCUACUGAAUUUCGUCAGUUGGUCAUUCAUUUCCGUGGCCAUUGGGGCAGGCUAGCGCGUCUGUCUCUCGCCAGAGACUACAUAAUGACUCCCUGGGCUGAUCAGAUGCCUAUCAUCGUCUUAUUUUCUAAUGGACAACAUGCCUGAUAAUUUUUGGAAGCAACAUUCAGAACUAUAUGCACACGUUGAGGUGUCUGGGUAUCCAAGAUGUACGAUCAACGAGGUAUGUUCGGCUGGGAGCAUGCAAGAUAGUCCUUUUCUUCUUUUUUCUUCUUCUUUUCUUUUCAUGCAGCCUCAACAGAACGCCACGCAUCCGGAAUCUGGGAAUCCGCACAACAAUGAUACUGUAUCCUCUGUGAUGCAGUGUCACGCUCAGCCGAAGACUAGUUUCUGGCCAUCGUCUAGCGGUGACCUGCGUGAUGACGACUCAUCGUUAAGCAGCGUCUUGUCACCGUCGAGUUCUCUCAGAACAGCUGUGACUCAGCAUGAUGUUCGAAGCAGUGCGGCUGGGCGAACUUGGCGCAACAGUCUCAGUGGUUUACCCGACUAUUUGCACACAAACGAUCCGCAACUGCAUACCAACACAACAUCGCACGGGACUAGCCAAUUCCCCACUGCGCCCUUGCAUCACCACUGGGUGCCGCAGCACGAUACCCUACCUCAGGAACUUCCAUUCAAUAGUGGUUUAUCACAGGUGCAUUGUUUAUGGACUAACAGUCAAGGCCGGUGCAACAUUACCGCGAGUACGGUUAAGAGCAUGCUGAAGCACCUAUCGAUAUGCCAUCUUGAGCCUCAUCAGCCACCCGCCAGUCAGGUACAAUGUCUAUUUGAGGGCUGCUCAAAGACCAUGAGGCGAGACACGAUCCUCCGGCACAUCCGAGAGAUGCAUUGCGGGGACAAGUCUCGCUCUCAGCGCCCUUCUUGAUGACUUGGAUCACUCACUAGAUCACAUACAUUUUUACAUAUUCAUGACCAUGAUCUGUUAUUAUACACUCCGUUGUGUCCGCUGUCGUGCUCUCGUUUUCAUCGUGCCUUCUG